AUGAAAUGUCAAAAUAUUUUUCAAAUAAAUAUAAACAAAAAUGUGAUAUCUAUACAUUUAUUAUAAUUCGAUUAAGAAGUAAUGUGAAAGAAAGUAAACAAAAUAUAUGAAUCAAAUUUAAAUUGAAUUUACAUAUUCUUCACUGUUCCAAAUUUUUUUUGAAUUUGAAAGUUUUCUUAAAAUUGUAUUUCGUUACCAUGUGCAAGAAUAUAGUUUCCAAAUUUUGCAGAUGUUGUAUGAAAAACGGGGAAUUAAACAUAUUUACCUCGGUAUUUGAAUCGCGGACUAUCGCUCAAAUUCUUGAACAAAUUUUUCAAGAAAAAAUUUCUUCUGAUGACCAACUGCCUAAAACAAUUUGUUUUCAAUGUUCCAAUAAAGUUAUUUCCCAAUUCUUAUUUAUCAAAAAUUAUCAGAAAGUUCGUGAAUUAUUACUGGAUAUUUUGAAGAGGGAACAUGAAACAAGUUUAUCAGAUGUUGAAAAAACAAUCAUUAAUUAUGAAGUUGACAGUAGUGAUGAUGAUCAACCUCUAAGUAAGCUAUGUGAGGAGCAGACAGAAUGUAACAUAAAGAAAAAUGGGCAAAAAUUAGUCAACGAUUCUGAAAACAUCAAUUUAAAAGAGACUGAAUCGAAGCUAGAUAAUUUAAAUUUGAUUGAAUGUGAAUCUUCCAAUAACAUCUUCGGAGAGAACCCAAAGUUGGAAUCCUAUUCUUCAUAUGAUAUCAGGGAACGGAGUGAUGAAAUUUCCUCAUAUAAAGACUGCAAUGUUUUAUCACAAGAAUUAAUAAUACAACUUGAAAAACAUUGUAAAGAUACUGGUCAUUCUUUUCUAGGGAAAUUCACUUGCAGAGUUUGUUCUGAAAAAUUCAUCUCAAAUACUCACUUGAAUGACCAUAUGAAAAUUCAUAAUAAUGAAAGACCAUUUGCCUGCAAUGAAUGUGGAAUGACUUUUACCCGCAACUCAAAUUUAAAAAGACAUAUUAAAAAACAUACUGGGGAGAGGUCUUAUUUUUGUGAAAUUUGUAGUAAAGGUUUUGUUCAGAAAUAUGCUCUGACUGUACAUAUGAGGCUCCAUAAUGGUGAAACUCCUUAUGUAUGUGAAAUUUGUGGAAAAGGCCAUCGUGUAAAAACAUUACUCGAGCAACAUAUGUACAAACACAAAGAUAACAAAUCAGAAACACUCAAUAAAUAUCAGGAGUAUUAUCGUAGAUAUGGCAAAAAGAGUGUAGAGUGCAAAAUAUGUAAGAAAAUUGUAACAAGAAGUGCUUUAUAUAAUCAUAUGAAGGCACAACAUGGAGAUGGUUUGAAGAAAUUUUUAUGCAAUCUAUGUGGAAAAACUUAUAGCACAAAAAUGUCACUGGAUGUACACAUGAAUAUACACACAAAAAAAAUUUCAUAUGAUUGCAACAUAUGCUCAAAGUCUUUCACUCAUCAAAACUACUUAAAAACCCAUCUUAUGAUGCAUUCAGGAGAAAGACCUCACUGUUGUGAUCUUUGUGGUAAAACAUUUGUCCAACGAACCCAUUUGCAUCGACAUAAGAAAACCCAUACUGGUGCUAAACCGUACUCUUGUUCAUAUUGUCACAAGGCUUUUGCCUUAAAUGAAAAUUUGAAAGUUCAUAUUCGAAUCCAUACUAAAGAAACAACUCACCAUUGUUCAGAAUGUGGAAAAGGUUUCUUCAACUCUAGCAGUAAAAAAAAACAUGAAAAUAAUGUUCAUCGAAAGAAAAUAGUGUCUGUAUCAGAAUGAAAUAUAGUUAUUACUUGAA